AUGGGCCAGCCAACAGAGCCUCCCAGAGGGGUAGAUGCCGGGCACCAAUCCUCCUCCAUAGCGGAUGUGCAUGGAACGUCAAUCGACCAUCCUGAGCCUUGGAGAUACAAACAGCACGGAAUGCUAUUUCAAGGCGCCUCUCUCCCCCACUCUCGUGCCCUUGCUGCUCCCCCCCCCCCCCUCCAGCCCCGACCUCAUUGUGACGUGCGGCACAGCCUUCCAGAUGGACUCCUCCACCUGGUGUGGGGAGGGGGAGCUGCGGCGGGCGCGCUCCAGGUCGUUGCUCCCGAUGUUGAGCACUAUGACUUUGGGGGGGUUGCGCGUGGGUAG